AUGGGAACUCCGCCUCUAGAUCAACCGGCUUGCACGGUUGAGCAAAGAGGGAAUGGCGAUGACGAUGUCAUCUUCGUUUCCUGCAGACCUUGUGCCCACAGAGCAGUCCCGCAGGCCUCAGCUGAUAAGUCUGUCCCGAUUGAACCUGCCGCUACUCCCCAAACGUCAAUUGCAGAAUCACUUGCUGAAAGAGAUCUCUUGAGCGGCGAGCCAGCUGUGAGUAAGGUGGAAAAGUCCGAUGGAGAAGCCUCUCAGGUCAUUCCCAAAUUGGAGCCUCCGGUUGAAACGCCAUCAGAGCUUAAAAGUCGGCACCAGUCUGCCCUCCGCGCUUGCUCAGAGCCCAACAUUAGCCUUGACAGUUCCAAAGUGGUUAGGCCUCAGCCGCCAUUGUCGUUUGGCGGACCCGUCGUGGAAAAUGGGGAGGCUAAUUCGAAGCAGGCCAAGCUAGACCUUGCAACUAAUGGAACUGGUCGCCAGCAUAUCCCUGGAAAACCCGAUAAAUCGAUUGCAGGCCCAAAGGAGUCUCUGGGUACUGCACGUCGCCGCGCAAGCUUCGACGCUCCUCCGAUCAAGACUCAUGACUGGGUGCGUCCAGAAUGGUGCCAUGAUUCUCAUUCUGAGAAGAAGCAGGAGAACCCAAUUCCACUGCAGCCACCUGUCUCUGCUGUAAAUCUGUUGCCCAAUUUAGAGCAUGCAUCAGUUGAAUUGGCUCGUCCGAAAGAAAUUGUUCCUGCCAAAAGGAACCAAGAGUCGAUAGGAAACACCGGUCUGAAGGAAAAUAGACAUUCAGAGGAGCAGCAGCAGCAGCAGCCAAAGAGAGCCAGAGUUAGUCUUGGAAUGAACCAGGACCCCAAGGAGAACUUGAGUCCCGUGGUCUCCGAUCAACCGCCCCUCGCAGAUCCUAAGAAACGGUACGCGACUUUAGAGUUGUUUGGACCCGCAUCGCGUCCAUAUUAUGUCCCGGGAAAAGGACUAAUACGCACAAACCCCCCUUGUACACUCACUCAUCGACGAAUUGCUGGAGAAUUGGUGGCAAGUUUCCCGCUUCGCGACCCGGAGGCUGAAGAGGGAAACCCUUCAGUCCCGGGGAAUGGUACUGUCGACUCGCCACCCCGCAACCAAACACUUUGGUCAGUUCCUGCUUUUGAUGCCUCGGUGGAUCCGCGACUCAAUCCAGGUAUCACCACCACUAGAACACCCAGAGGCUUCGGAUACGAACCUGCCAACAAAGACUGUGGAACUGCACAGGCCACUGCAACGCAGUAUCAGCGCCCUCAGACUGCCAUGAUUCCCCCAGUCGCGGCUUCACUCCCAAGCAAUGCUGGUCCUGUAAACAGAGGCAUCAAGGAAAAGAAGUAUACUUGGACACCAAAGAUGUAUCUUGAUUUUAGCUUGUCCUUGUAUCAGAACUAUGGGUUCCAAGAGUUUGCGCACAGACAUGGACUGCCUCUCACCGAGGUAAUCGACAAGUUUAGUGCUAUAGUACAGCUUCCGUUCCUCGACGAAGCAGAAAAUGCCGGGACGGAGACUGUGUCAAUAUGCCGGAAGAGAGUUGCGUCGUUUAAGCAACGUGAGAAAGAAGUGCUCGAAAUUCAUAAAGCUGAGGAACGAGCUGCCAGGACGGCAGAAAAGGAGCGUGCGAAGGCUGCCACCCGGGGAGUUGAACAAAGGGUUGCUCAUGACGGGUUCAACAGCAGUAGCAUGAGAGUUGGCGGUGAAGUACCCCCUCACGGAACUAAUCCCAGAGCUCUCCAUGCCGGAAACAUUUCAACGCGUGUUGUGGCGAAUUCGCACGCUGUCUCUGAUCCAGAAGCCACUGGCCGAGAUGUUGCGACCACACAGACCAGCAUGGCAAAACUGCGUGAGACUCUCAAUGGCAGCAGCAAUGUUGCCCACAGAGCGUGA